GCCAAGUUCUGAAUGGCAAAUUCGUCUCAUAGUUCAACAUUAGUCGCGCAGCAUUGAGAUUGCUUAGGCGACUAAUUGUUCUCUUCUUUCUCCUCCUCAAUCAUUCCAGAAAGCCUCAUUUGCUUCUCGAUCAUAGUCUUUGCUCGUUGCCAUCGUGAAUUUUGAGAUCUAUAUCAUCUUCUAAGGAACUUCGAUAUACAAUUUUCUUGCAUGAUAAGCAGGGACGAGUUGCACAAGCUUCAGGAAGUGAAUUUUGUUUUUCUGGUACAGUUUGAUUCGGCUCAUAUUGAGUCGUUUGGACUUGAGAAAGCUCUACUCUCGAGCUUUUAGAGUCUGUGCACUACAGGGAAGGACUACAUCAAGCCCAGAUGCAGUCCAUGUACUUGCCCGGGGAACGAAUUGCUGUGCAGGCACACUUGAAUUAUGCUCCAAGUUCCUCUUGUAAUGUCUGGAAGGACAUGCUCACCUUGCCAUCGGAUCUAUCGAGCUCGACCACUCGAUGGGGCCGUCCUCCACGGCCCCUUCAGCUUACUAUAGUUAAUGUGACUCCCAACAGCGGAGAAUCGUGCCCCUUCAGUGACACCUUUAUUUCGACCGAGGUGAUAAACGAUGGCUCUAGCAAUGCGAAAGAGAAGCAGAGGAAGGACACUAGGUUCUUCGUGCCUGCGAAACCAGUGUGGAAUUCCCUGAUGAGAACCAAAACGGAAGCAAAUGGGCCAAAUGCUUGGCCAGUUGUGGGUACCCUGCCAGAGCUGUGGCUAAACUACGACAGAAUGCAUGAUUGGCUCUUGGAAUAUUUCCAAAAAGCAGGUCUCACAUUCGCCACACCCAUGCCCACAAAUACCUACGUCUACACUGCCGAUCCAGCUGUCUGCGAAUACAUUCUCAAGACCAACUUUGCGAACUAUCCGAAGGGAGAACUCUUUCAAGAGGUUCUAAACGAGUUCUUGGGAGAUGGCAUCUUCAAUUCUGAUGGUGAACUAUGGAAGAAGCAGAGGAAGUUAAUGCAGGGUGAGGUUCAGCGCAAAGUGCUUCGCGAUUACAGCCUAGUAACCUACCGGGAGAAGGCUCACCUUCUUGCGUCCAUCGUUAGCAAGGCCUCUUACUCUGCAACGUCUCUCGAAAUGCAGGACCUUUUCAAAAGAAUGACAUUGGACACCAUUGUCGAGGUUGCAACGGGAGUGCAAUUGGGAGCCUUGUCAUAUGAGCUGCCAGACGUGCCUUUUCAAUCAGCCUUCGAUGAGGCAAACGUGAAUGUCCAUGUAAGAUUCGUCGACCCACUGUGGAGAGUCAGAAGGUUCCUGAACAUAGGCAUAGAAGCCCGAUUCAAAGAUGCGGUGCAGUACAUGGACACAUUUCUCUACGAUGUGAUUCGGACGAGGAGACGAGAUAUCGCUCAAGCAAAAUCCAGAUCCAAAUCCAGUCAAUCGACUAAGCAUGAAAUCGAAGGGGAAAAUACCAGACCAGACUUGGUAUCAAGAUACAUGUUCUUGGACGAGAGUACAACAGACAAAUCCAUCCGUGACGACGUGCUGAGUUUCGUAAUGGCUGGACGUGACAGCACCUCAUCGGUACUGGCAUGGUUUAUCCACUGCUUGCUGAGCAAACCUGAAGUCGCGGAGAAGAUUUUUGAUGAGCUAUGUGCCUUCGAGGCCCGUCAUCAACCGACUCCAACUCUGAAUUCCGUCCACGCUUCGGAGGGCGAGUUCAACGAGCAUAUUCAACAGUUCGUUGAUCUUUUGACUUUCGAGGAAGUCACCAGUACCACUUCCAAUUUCCAGUACUUGCAUGCUGCCAUCACGGAAACUAUUCGGCUAUAUCCGGUCGUUCCACAGGAUGUCAAGGGUGUACUAGAAGACGAUGUUCUGCCGAGCGGACACACUGUGCGCAAAGGAGACUUGGUCGCAUUCAUUCCAUACGCGAUGGGGCGGCUGCAGGAUCUGUGGGGACCGGAUGCUGCAGAAUACAGACCUGAAAGAUGGCUCAACGAAGCCGGCGCUUUCGAGGGCGCCUCACCCUACAAGUUCACUGCAUUCCAGGCUGGACCUCGCUCGUGCUUGGGGAAAGAUGCAGCGUACCUGCAAAUGAAGAUAGUGAUGGCUGUACUGUGCCGUUUCUUCAAGUUCGAGUCCGUCCCGGGGCACGAAAUCGCCUACAGAAUGUCUGCCAUCCUGAUGAUGAAGGAUGGCAUGCACAUCACUGCCUCGAGGCGUGCUUGAUCGCAACACAGCUAGACCAACUAGCCAAAUUUAAAACAUAUUGAUUAUUGAAUGGGCCUCUCAUGAGCCACGGAACACGAUAGUAGUCAUUCAUCCAGUCAUCGAUAGAAAUGAGGAUUCAAAGCGUAGAUGCGGCUGAACCGGUACACAAUAAAAUCAGCUCUUAACUAGUAGAUUAUCGGCAAAUGACCUAUAUAGUUCAUCGUAGCUUAAUCAAAUGCUUGCCUACGACAUAACUGCAACCGUUUAAUGAUAUAAAGUGAAUCGACGUCAACUCAUUAUACGGUUAGUAAUCUUUCCUGGGUUACCCAUAGCUGCACACGCGUGGAAUUCUUAUUUAUGUGUUCAGGAGCAAAAGCAAAUAAAGCCAGGAACAAAAAAAUGAAAAGAAGGUAUAGUUUUUCUGAAAUGUAAAUACAAUCAGAGACGUGCUGUGAGUAAUUGUACUUGCUCAAGAAGUUACUGCGGCUGAAUUGUACCUGCGACGGAAACAUCUUAUAAUUGAGAUAUUCGAGUUUUGGUCCCCCGGCAUAUAGAAACUCUUUGAGCAAGCUUAACCAUGUGAAACGAGUAAAAUAAAGGGUGUGAAUCAACGGCAGCUGCA